AUGUCUCAACCACCAAGAACUAUUUCUCCCACACUCCGAUUGGGUGUAACCUUCACCGCUCAAGUCUCCGAUGGAAUCAUCACCUCUCUCACAUCGGAAGGUGAUUUUCUGUGGGGAAGAAACGGACGCUAUCCCGUCAGUUAUUUCCUCAUGGAAGCUGCUUUGGUGAAUAAUGUCAUUGGAAAGAGUUUUGAUUCGGCACUGAGACAAGUCUUGUCUUUCAUGGACAAUAUGAUUGAACGAAGAAGAAAGUAUGAGAGUAGUUUCGGUGGUGGAGAUGCUCUUUAUGAAACUCUUACUCAAGAAUUGGAAUUGGAUAUUAAGGAAUACUUGCAGUUGAAUUAUCCGAGUGAUUGGAUUCAAAAAGCAAUCAUUGAGGAGAUUGCAGUGCGAUAUAUGGAUAUUGUAGUACAUGGUCCUUUGGCGUUCAUCCCUGGAGAGAAUGCUCCUGAGGAAGUCAUUCAAAAGCAAAAGGAAUCGCUUCAAUUUCUUGCUGCCAUGGAAAAGAUGUUAUCCAAUAAAUAA